AUGGGGUACAUACCACAGCAUUUGCUGGAAAACUUACGCGCGUACAAGUAUCGGGGCGUAGACAAGUUCGUUAUGUUCGAAGAGAUCUGGUACAAAAUGAUUGACGCAGUUUCUAGGUCCAUAUUCUCGAGAUAUGUCCUCAAUAAAUAUUGGAACUGGCUGGUAACAUUGUGGCCUUUGAACGUCGCCCCGAACACGAUUACGCUGUUGGGACUGAGCAUUGUCGUAUUUAACUUCGCGACAUUGAUCUACUAUGACCCACUAUACCUCGUUGAAAGAGACGGUUUUGAAGGGCCGCCACAUUGGGUUUACUUCACGUGGGGAGUUGGUCUCUUCCUUUAUCAGAGUUUGGACGCUAUAGAUGGGAAGCAAGCUAGACGGACUGGUAUGGCAGGGCCAUUGGGAGAACUGUUCGAUCAUGGAUGUGACGCUUUGAACACUACGCUCGAAACUCUCCUCGCAUGUCGCGCUCUUGGACUCGGACGCUCGUGGUGGACUGUGGCUUCGCAACUGGCAACCUUGGCCAACUUCUACCUGACCACCUGGGAAGAAUAUCACACUGGCGUUCUUUUCCUCGGGUAUUUCUCUGGACCAGUAGAGGGCAUCAUCAUCAUUGUGGUCAUCUAUUUCAUUUCUGGCUUCUAUGGACCCCUGGUAUGGGAGAAUAAGAUCUGGACCGUUCUUCACCUCGAAAAUCAUCCUUGGUUCGCGAACAUCCCCAAUUUACCGCUCAAUGAAGCUUUCAUGGUCUUUGGCGCCGCCGGCCUCGGGAUGAACAUCGUUCACAGCUAUCUGAACGUCGUUCAGGCAGCCAAGUCAGCUUCUGGCCGACCAAGAGCCGGUUCAAAGCACCACCCAUUGGUCUUGCUCCUCCCCUUCGUCGCCAGUGCCGGCAUUCAAAUCGCGUGGCUCUCACAUCCGGAGUACAACAACUCGUAUAUCAUCAAAUCCUCUGCUUUCGUCCCCUUUGUCUUGGCCUGGGGGCUGCAAUUCGCUCAUCAAGUCGGACGGAUGAUCCUUGCCCACGUCACAUCCGCGCCUUUCCCCGUCUUCGAUUGGAUUUGGAUUUGGAGCGCGAUUGGUGCUGUUGAUGCCAACUUGCCGCAUCUUCUUGGGAGGCCCCCGAUCAUGCAGACAUCGCCUCGGAAUACCGCCUACGUGGUGUGGUUCACGCUUAUCAUCUCUUUCCUGGCCUACGCUCGCUUCGUCACGCUCGUCAUCAACGAUAUCACGAACUUCCUCGGAAUCGCGUGCUUCACUGUUCGAAAGAAGGAUGAGCAUGGUAACUGGAAGAGCGUCGCGAAGACGAUGUAG